AUGCGCGUCCUCAUCAACGGUGACGGUCGUGGGUGUCCCGCCUUCACCUUCCAGCAUCAUCGCAUCGCCAUCUCAACAACAACACAUAAGGUGAGCACCCCCAGUCACAUUGUCAGGAGAUCUGUGCACUCAAAUCGCCCUCUGUCUGUCUGUGUCGUUUCAGGGCUCUUCGGAGCUGGGAUUCACAGUGCCUACAAGCCUGUCUAGCGCAAUGGCGUCAAGGACAGAGUGUUCAAGCGAUACAGCGCCAAGGGGAGGUGAUCAAAGUGAUGGCUGGGCGAGCUUCAUGCUACCGAGGCGAAGUAGCAUCCCAGCAGCAGACGCGGCUCCAGCACCGAGACGAGUUGGUGUGAAAUCGCGCGCCAGAUCACCGACGACCCCGAAGGCGUGCCGCCUUCUUCUCUUCCCGUCUUCCAUCAUGCUGACUGACAUGGUUGGUACACCGAAUCUCUAUCGUGGCCACAGUCGGACUGCCUCUAUCCGACUGCAGGUGUGGCUUGAUUUGGCUGCCACUGUUAUCUCCUGA